CUAAUUCUGGGCAGUCGCUGCUCUCUUCCUUCAGUCUCUCUCUCGUCUUCUCCACUAUCUGACUCUCUCUCAGUCCCUCCGACUACGGCGUCCGCCGCCUCUCCAUCCCACUCUCAAUCUGGCUGACUCUCCACAAGGUCGCCCGCUGCCUAUCCACGACGUCGACGUUCGGUCCCUCCUGGCCUCCUAGACCGCCGCCCGCCGCCGUCUGCCACUUUGCUUAUUAUAAGAAUAAUGGAGACGAAAGAGCAAAAAUUCUCAGAAUUUGCCAUCAAAAUCAGCCAUGAAGCAAAGCUCAAAGAGAUCCUCCGGAACUUAAACUCCAUCGAAUCACAGCUCUUUUCCGACGCCGCGAAAGAAUUCACUAGAGUGCUCAAAUCGGACGUAGGCCCUGAAUUUCUUCAGUCAUAUGUUCAAACAUCUUCCAAGCUCGUGGAAAUCUCACAGGCGUGGGAAUCUCGCCAGGGAAAGCCCGGUUUUUUGCAUAUUUUGAAUUUAGUUUCUGCAAUUUUGAAGCUUUGGAAGGAUAACGUGGGAGGUGGUGGUGGUAGUGAUGCUGGACGGUGGUUGGAUAAGUUUGCGCGGUCGUUGAUUGAGGAGAAGAUGGGGGAUUUGUAUAAGGAAUUGAAUAGCAAAGAGGCCAAGAGGCAAAAUGCUGUGCUUUAUUUGCUGGCGUCGAUUGUCUUGCGUAAUUCUCACUUGGCAUGGGAAGUAGCAAAGGUUUUCGACUUCAAGCUUGCUGUAUUCCCCAAGCUGGCGGAAGUUAGGUUGAGAGUGAAGAAGCUUGAUGAAGGGAGGAGGAAGAUCCACUCCACAAGAAAAGCAUUUGUCCGUUUUGCUAUGUCGUUUUUAGAGGUGGGCCAUCCGAGGUUGUUGAGGGGUAUUUUGCAGCAAAAAGAGAUGUAUUCGGGGGUGUUGAGAGGGCUAGGGAAUGAUGAUGAGGAGACUUUAGUUUAUGUUUUGUCAGUAUUACGCGAUAGAGUGCUUGUUCCGGAGUCUAUUGUGCCUCCAGGCCUUAGGAGUGUUCUUUUUGGGAACGUUACGUUAGAGCAAUUGAUUAGUGUUUCGGGGAGGAGCGAGUUUGUGCAUGCAGCAGAGUUGGCACACAAUGUGUUGAUGAUGGUGUGCAUUGAUCCUGAGAAUGGCUUGAUGCCCGAUUUGAACAGGCAUCCGAAUCCUCUACGUGGGAAUUCUAGGCGUCUUUUGAGUCUAAUGAAGAAAUUAAAGGCAACAGAAGUUGUGUACCAUAAGGAACUGCUUUUGGCCAUUGUGAGAGGGCGGCCUUUGUUUGGUUCUUUAUACUUGGAUGAGUUCCCUUAUAGCAUUGAAGAUGUUGCAUCAGAUAACUGGUUUCCUACUAUUUCAUUGGCUGCUGCAGUGGUUUCCUCAGUCAGUGUUGGGCAUGGCUUUGCUGAUAAACAUGCACCUGACAGUGAAGACGUGCAAAACAUUAUAAAAUGCAUCAGACCACGCCCUUUUAGUAGAUCAAUUAUUACAAAGGGGCUACUUCAUGCCGAUUCCCUAGUGAAACAUGGAACAUUGAAGCUUGUGAUUGAGGUCUUACAUUUGUUUGAUUAUUUGGUGAAAACUCUAGAUACUUUUUAUACAGACCAUCAAAUGUGUGGCUGGGGAACUUUGAAGGAAGAGAUUCAAAAUGAUGUCAGAAUGUUGCUUCCUGAUCCUCAAGUUUUGUUGUCUUUGCUUUCUCCCUUAAGUAGCCAUGUCAAGAGUCUCGAAUCUGCUUUAAAAAGGAAGGCUGAAGCAGAAAUUGUGCCAGAACAUUGUGGUAACUCUAGUAAGAGGUUGAAAAGUUCACAUGCAAGUGAAGACUUGGAUUUGGUUAUAAGUGGAGUAAACUCUUCUGGAGUGAAUUUGUUUGAGGAAGGGGAAGAUGUAGAUUCAGAUGGUGAGCAACCACUAGAAAAUGGAACUGAUAUUGAUCGAUGUGUUAGAGAUAUUUGGGGUUUAAGUCAGUGUUCCGCAUCACAGACUAAUAUAAAAGAUGUAGAUACGUUCUUUUACUCCAAGAUACUCGAUUCUCUCAAGAUCUAUUACAGAACCAUGCCUAUGGCCAUGGAGAGAUCAGUUGAUUUUUUUAAAUUAAUACCGAAUAAUCCACUGGCAUUACCAACAAUCCUGCAGCAGUCUUUAUUGCAACUGCUCAAUGAACAUGUCAGUCAGAUUUCUAAAGAUGUGACCCCUAUCACAAGCCCACCGCAAAUGUACAGGCAUCUGCAUCCAUUUCUCAUCUUAUUAGUGGGAUCACCACUCAAACAGAUAAAGGAACAAGCUUAUGCCUUAGCAGAGACAGCCAUCUUAAGCACCGGCGCAUUUGACAAGAAUGUAAAGGAAAUUUGUGCCUGGUUCUUUUUCAUACCCGGCUAUACAGAUAAUUUCCUUGGAGAACUAGAAGUUCAGAUCCUACAAGAGUUGUCAUCAGUUAUUGUUUCUUUCCUAUGUGAUGCUGUUUCCACCACCGGAAACAACUUAUACAAGUAUAUGGAAUCAUUGAAGAAUUACAUCUAUGAUGCAGAAGGUGGCAAAGAUCUGUCUCCUGAAGUAAGCCCUUUUAUUAUAUGUGUACUGGAGAAGUGUUUGCGCUUGCUCAGCUCUGAAUCAGGAUCCUUCACGUUACCUCAGAAGUCGUUGAUAUCAUUGUAUGUUUCCAACACAAUCAAGUAUCUAUUAGACACACAGGUGAAAGCUGAAGCAUUGUCGGGUUUAGUUAAUCGCAUAUUAUCUGAGAAGCUUGAGAACAACAAUGUUGAUGUACUCGAAUUCGCUGAAUGUCCAUGUGAAUGGAGACCACUGAAGAUUCUGUUACGUUUUGCACGAGAUAUAUUACAUCAACAGUGUUAUGGCAUAAAUUCCAAUGUGAAGGAUAUUGAGCGACCAGAUAGUUCUUUUGUCAAAACUCUUGCAGAUAUUGAAGAUGUUUUAAAAACUGAGUAUCACAUUGGGCUUGUUGGAUUGAGUGUAGGGUUUUCUUUCUCGUUGAUGUGCACAAGACGAGAUGAGCUAUUGCACAAUUUUCCUACAGUCUUAUCUAUAUCGAUUAACCUGUCUGAGGUACCUUUCUCAGUUUUGUCAUCCAUUUUGUUCCUUGAAUCAAGUUAUCUUGAUGAUGUCAUAGAGCUAUGGCCUGAACUGUUCGCUGCUGCUCUAGAUAAUGUUGAGAACUCUGAAGAAAAGGGGGAGAGUUUGUAUAAUGCUGAUCAUGAUUCAGUAGGAGCUGCCUCUUUUGCAUUAUCCCGUUACUUAAAAAUUGUCCCGUUCUAUGCACUGUUUUCAUCCAUCGCACAAAGUUGCAGCCUGCAUCUAGUAGAGCGGCCAAGACUUCAAAAGUUGUUGUUGGAUAAGGUUACUGGGAUUGCACCUGAUCAUUUAAUUUCUUCAUUGUGCAAUGUACUCUUCUGGAUUAAUCACACAAGGUCAUGCGAUGGACUCAGAUCUCUGGAGGAGCUUGAGAUCCUUUCUGAAACAUGCUUCAUGCUUGCAGAGCACUUGUUGAGACAAUUGUUGAUUGAGAAUGUGGACACUGUUAUAUCAGCUCAUGACAAAGAGCCUCUACAACUACAUCGUGUGGUUGAUGUGGCAGAAAUCAUCUUUACCAAUACUGCUUUAACUGCAUCACUGAAUUGUUCUUUGUCUGGUGAUAAUGUACUUUCGGAUUCAGUCUUUGGAGAAACUAUGGAAAAACUGCUUGAGUUAGCCAGAGAAGGAAUUUGUAGAAUGGAUGUCAAUGCCCUGAACUUGUUAAGAACAGCUUCUGAACUCUUGUCUGUUGUGCAUGGUGGUAAUAUAUCUGCACGAGUUAUAAAUGGCAGAAGGCGCAUAUCCCGAGCAUUUAAUUUGCUGAAAGAGAAGCUAUUUCUGAUAUUCAAGACUAGGUUUGAUGCUUCCGUCGAGUCCAUGGACUUUAAACCCUUGCUUCCAACAUUCUAUGCUUUACACUCUUUCAUUAGCUUCAUAUCUCCCUGUGAGCUGCUUGAAUUGGUGAGUUGGUCAUUCUCUCAGAUCGAUAUUAAUGAUGCAACCUUUCAUAUGCCAUCAAAAAGAAAUGCUCUUUUUAUUGGGUUGCACCUCGCCAGUUGCACUUUUGAUUUCCUCGCAGAACACAUGAGGCAGCCAUACUUGGAAUACAAGCCAUAUAGUUUUUCUGGUGGAACUGAGACACAUUUUGAUGUUCUUUUGUUCGAGAGGAUCUUUUUCCAAUUACUACAGGUUGGCAGCCAUUUGAAACUGGAUAUUGCUGAUGCUUGUCUGCUCAAAGCUUUCACUGUUGCGAAAAUGCAUAAAGGUAUUCAUCAUUCUCAUCUUCCUUCUGUUAUGGUUUUACAAAGAGUUGUUGCAACCAUUCCCAUAAAUAUAAUCUCAUAUUGCUUGCAAAAGAUUAACAGAACGAGAGCUGACCUGGUGUAUGAUAUUGUUGUAAUGAGUCCCCUGCAUAUGUCUGUGUUUGGAUCUAUGUUAUUUAAAAUACUGGAUAAGUCUUUACCUCCUGCCAAUGUAAUACAAGGAACUAGUAAACACUGUUUCUCUGAUGAAGAAUUACUGAUGGUUCUGCCAACUGUCUUGUUGUACUUAAAUUCGGUUAUUCCUAAAUUUGGGGGACAGCUCUGCAAGGCCUUUGAAGCUAUAUGUUUGGCAUAUGGGCCUGUACUCUUGAGUGAUUUUUCUAAGUGGAAGAGUUUUGUCUCGGAUAGAAUUUUUGAGAUUGGAUUUGAUGACAUGAUUGCGUCCAAAGAAGAAUAUUCAGAUCUUUUCUCAUACAGUCUUCUUGGGAAAACAAUCCUGGUGGUACGAGAUCACCUUAUAUUAGGUGAAAAAUUUAUCGCGGUUGGUAGAAGAUUGGAUCUAUAUAAUUCCAUUUGUCCAUCUACCACUGACCAUAUAGUUGACGACUUCUGCGGCAAGACUGGAGGUCGUUCGCUUUUGAAGCCUUUAGAUUUUGUGAACAGAGUUGUUGCAAAGAUAAACUUGUGCAGGGUGCUGUUGUUUACAGAGCAUACUCAGGUGGAUAAUGGAGAGAAAAAGGUAGAUUCUCCAAAAGUUACCAUUAACAUGGCAACAUCAAGAAUCCAUUUUCUAAAGAUAUUGAUUAAUUCCUGGAUAUUGAUUGUCAAGAAAUUCCAAGAUAACAUUGACUACAUUGGAAAUGUUGAUGGCGAUAAACUAUCAGUGUUUAGAUUUUUGGAAGUCUUUGUAAUGAAUAACGUACUGGAAUUGACAACAGAUAUGCAUGACUCUUUGAUUGAGCUGGACUCUCACCCCUUCAUAGAGCAACUUGUUAAAUCAUUUCUUCUGUACAGAUUUGGAGAUCCUGUAACACUGAGGAUGCUUAGAACUAUUCUCGCCAAUAUAUCUCAUUGGAAAUUUUCAUGCGAUUCAUCCAUACAGCUAUUGCUUGCUCACUCCCAGUUUGCAAAUUCCAUUCAUGUGGCCUGUCAGUCAUUUGUUUCUUCUAAGUUUGGACUUGUAUUUACUCCCAUGCAGAGCAUUUUAAGAUUGUUUCUUGUUGGUCGCGGUGGACCAGAUACUUUGGAUUACAAAAGCAAUGAAUUGAAAGAUAGGGAGACUCUUCAUUUGCUUGAACUUGUUAAGCUUGUAAGAGUACUUCUACAUAUAUAUGCUCAGCAAAGAGAAGUAAAUUUUGGUGAAGACACUGGUAUAAAUGGUCAAGAGUUGAUUCAUCUUCUUCUAAUGGCAUAUGGGGCAACGUGUUCCGAAGUUGAUUUGGAAAUAUAUAAUUUAUUAUUGGAUAUAGAGUCCAAUGAUGAAUCAUGUGCUGGAACUGUUGCUCGAACAGAUUAUCUGUGGGGCAUUGCAUCUUUAAAGGCGAGAAAAGAUUUGGAACAUGACAGAGUUACGCAGUCUGUUGACCAAAACAACAUGGAAGUCUAUGAACGUCGAAAAGAUAAGUUCAGAGAGAAUAUUCCGAUUGACCCAAAGAUAUGUGCUCAAACUGUGCUCUUUUUUCCUUACAACAGAGUUGUUUAUGGAGGAAAUUCACCGAAGCUUCAAAAAGCUAGUUCAGUAGUUGUGCAUGAGGACCCUUCUACUACUGUCCAGAUAUAUGAUCCCGUCUUCAUCCUCCGAUUCUCAAUUCACUGUCUUGUGAUGGGCUAUAUUGAACCUAUUGAAUUUGCUAGUUUAGGCUUGCUUGCUGUCACCUUUGCCAGUAUAUCUUCACCUGAUGAUGAUAUGAGGAAAUUGGGAUAUGAAUCACUAGUAAAGUUCAAGAGUGCGCUAGAGAAAUGUCAAAAGAAGAAAGAAGUGGUACGGCUUCGUCUUCUACUUACAUAUUUGCAAAACGGAAUAGAAGAGCCGUGGCAAAGGAUUCCAUCUGCCAUUGCUGUGUUCGCUGCAGAGGCUUCUGUAGUACUGUUGGACCCGUCCAAUAAUAAUUAUUCUACCAUAAGCAAGCAUCUCAGUAAUUCCCCUAGCAUGAACAUGAAGGUUAUACCAUUAUUCAAGAAUUUUUUCUGGAGUACCUCAAUUACUUUUAAAGCAGAUAGAGUAUGGAUGCUUCGAUUGCUAUGUACGGGGCUGAAUACAGAAGAUGAUGCUCAAACAUACAUCCGAAACUCCAUUUUUGAGACCCUCAUUAGUUUUUAUACUUCUCCUCUUUCAGAUAAUGAGUCGAAGGAGCUUAUAAUUCAGGUAGUAAAGAAGGGCGUACUGUUACAUAAAGCAGUCUGGUUUUUAGUUGAACACUGUGGUGUCAUUUCAUGGCUGUCAUCUAUUCUUCCUUUUCUCCAUGGGAGUGGAUUUGAAGACCAGAGAAAAUUUGUCCUGGCACAACUGCCUAUAAUAUUGGAGGUUGUAAGUUGUAUUACAUCACCAAGAAACAUUGUCGAGUGGCUGCAGAAACAUGCUAUGGAGCAGCUUUCAGAACUUGCAUUGCAUUUGUACAAAAUCCUAGUUAGCAGUGUUGAACUUAUUAAGGAUCAGAGCAGCAUUUGUGUCUCAAUUUUGCAAAUAUUGGCAUUAGUACUGAAGAUAUCACAGAAGAGGAAGAUAUAUCAACCGCAUUUCACAUUGUCAGACGAGGGUUUAUUCCAACUAUAUGAGGCUGUUGAAGCAUGCUCGAAAUCCAUUUACAAUCCUAUCAUGGGUUUGGGUCUCAAAGUUGUUCUUAUGAGUACUCCUCCAGUCACUAUUCUGCAAAUGGAUAAGGAGAAGCUUUUGAAGUUCUUGAGAUGGGCAGUUACCACCGCUCUCCAGUCGAAGUCGGAAGAAUUGGAUACUGGCGAAGAUUCUGAUCAUCAUUUGAUUGCAGGAUCGGAGAAGAAACAAAUUGAAGAAUCCCUUGACUCAAAACUUUUGCGGUGGCUAACUGCCUCAGCGAUCCUUGGAAAAGUUACUUUGAAUUCGAGAAAACUCAACGAUGGCAGUGUCUUGGAAAAAUCUAGCCUCCACGCUUUGCAGUCUUGGUUAGAAUGCCCUGAGAAAGAGACUAAGGAAACUGUGGAAUAUGGCUGUGGAGAAAUAUUAGCUGCCGCAAUAAUUCAGCUGUUAAAGCAGCUGAACUUCAGCCACCAACUACUCCCGUCUUCUGUUUCUGCACUGUGUCUCCUACUUCUUUCCGACACCUCCACAGGUUUGAAGAGUUUGAAUGGGGUUCGAAGUUGUUUGCCAUCACUUUGUUCGAAGAUACAGUGGCCCGUCGAAGCAAUUCCUGCUUGGAGAUGGUCAUAUUACCAUCCAUGGAGAGACCUAACCACCAAACUCAGCGACGUUGAGAAACUGGACGAAAUCCAUGCCUGUGAGAGGCUGCUAGCGGUGGCUUCUAACGUUGUCACGGAGAAAUCGGGAUGUAGCCAUUUUUUCGAUCUUAAAGAUGUGGACAAGUUGCGAGUACAUGAAUGGGAGAGAACUCUUAUUCAUUCUGAAUAACUGUAGGUAUGCUUCACAGUGAACAUAUUCAGCAAAUUAAGAGUGUAUUCUUCAGCAAAUAUUCCCCAUAAUACUUUUUUUUUGCGUUUCCAUUUAAUGCAUCAAUUGCUAUA